ACACCCUUAUCAGAUCAAUGAAUAGGCGGAUCCGCUACCCCAGCAACGUUGCAUAGGCCGCCUCUGCCAACCCCCGAUUGGACGAAUAGAUUCUGCACUCGUUUCAACCCUGCGAGUAGCUGCCGCCCCCUUAUUCUGGCUACGGUUUCAGUAUCACAAAACCGCUUAAAUAAUCAGCAGCAUCGUGUGACAGCGCGUAGCUGUUGAAUAGAACAGUUGAAACGAGUGUUGAUGAAUCUACCUGUAGUUCAAAGUGUACGACCUCUGAAAAGAAGAAACGAAAAAUAAAUAAGAAAGUCCAAGAUACUAUUAGGUCCUCGAAAAUAAGUAGAAAAAAUCGAAUAAGUCCGACAAAAGUUAAGAUGUAAAUGAAAGAUUAUGGUUUUUCAAAAUAUAAAAAAAUCUAUCUAAGAGCUAUGGUGAUUUUGAGUUUCCGAAAACGUACAAUUCUUCCGGGAAUAUACUACAGUGAUUCUCGUGGUGCAAAGUGUCGAGGAAUUGACACGUGAUUACUGCAAGUGUGCAUACGGAAAUCUGACACGUGUCCCUUUGGAUAUCGAGCACGUGCCGAUGUUUAGAAAUAUUCCAAACGACGCGUGUCGCACGUGUUAGCCAUUAAAUCACGAGAUCCCGGAAACGUGUUCAAGUGGCAGUAGAAAAGGAUAUCGAAAUUCCAGAGUAGAUCACAGGAUAUUCCAAGUAAACAAGACUAUGACAUGAUCCUUGUAUAGUUUCGGAAAUCAACAAGAAAAUUGUCAGUGCCAACAGAAAGUAAAAAAAACUGUAAAAUGGCAAAAUCGCUAAGUGAAAAAAAAAUGUGAAUAUUAAUUAUACCUAAUAAUACCGGAAUCUAGUCAAUUCUACUGGUCGUACGUAUUAUUGAAUAAAUAAAUAUUAAAAUUCCUACUAAAAGAAACCUAAUACCUGUAUCAAAGAGGAAUAUCUAACCAUAAUAUAGUAUCAAUCAUAUAAAUAGAAAUUAAAUCCCACAAAGUGUAUUCUUAAAACCGUUAAAAAUGUAUUCCAUGGAUAAUUUAGAAUUGGACAUGAUGAACAGACAGUAUAUAUACGAGGCUCACAGUUUUUUGGGUAAUCCAGCGAUUCCCUCUUUACCACCGCAUUGUGGAGCACCGACGGCAGCAACUCUGCCAACAAUUCCAUCUCAAAUACCGUCUCAUCCACCAGGAAGCACGGGAAGUACAAGCGGCAGCGAUUUAUAUUUGUACGACGAAAACAGUAGCGACAACGAAAGCGCGUACAGCAGUGAUCAAGAGAAUCACACGAGAGAAAGGAGUCGAGGUAGCAGACGACACGGUGGAGUUGGAAAAUGUCCGCGUCAAGCUGUGCAGCGUCAGGCUGCCAAUAUGAGAGAAAGAAGACGUAUGCAGAGUAUAAACGAUGCAUUCGAGGGUCUCAGAGCCCACAUACCCACCUUACCCUACGAGAAGAGACUCUCAAAGGUGGACACGCUGAAGCUUGCUAUUGGUUAUAUCAAUUUUUUGAACGAACUCGUACGUGCUGAUAAAGGUAACGAUCCACUUACUGGAAACGGAGGAUUGUCCAGGUGUUCAGGAAGGGACGAGACGAAGAAGAUCAUAAUCCGUAGCGGGGGCAAUCCGUACAUCUCGCACUCGCUUUCGUGGUCCCGGAAGUCGGACAUUUCGCCGAACGGGAUGAUGUACGCGAAAGUCUGGACCCCGGAAGAUCCGCGAGCGACGAAAAGCGGCACGACGUUCGUCGAGUGAUGCACCGCGUUGUUAAAAUUUCCAAAAUUCAAUGACAAUGGGACCUUCUUUUUCUUUAAUAUUAUUCACAAACGCCCAUCGUGUUAUUUAGUGUGUAAGCAACGAAUUCUAGUCACGGCAACGUCUGCUGAAUGAGGAUCUUAGUCGUCGGAUAAUUAAUUACUUUACCUAUUUCCCUGGCAUAUGCACUUUUUGUAUAAUCGUGAUUAUUAUUGACAAACAAUUGUCAUUUUUAUUUUUUCUAGUCUUCUACUUUGAAAUAACAGUAUUAUUUGUAAUUAAUCUAAUUAUCCUUAGUGUCGUCAUGCCAGAAUCCUCGCGUUUAUAAUUACAUCAUAACACGUGUCUGAUUAUAGUAAUUGAAUAUGUAAAAUUUUAUAUCUAUAAGACGCAUAAAUCAUCCCUGUAAAUUGUACAAUAGAAAUAUUUUUUUCUCCUUUUCACAAACAUUAUUAUCAUCCGAAAAACAAUGGCUGCGCGAGUUACGCUUAUUUGUAAAUAGCAAAUUAAACGAUUUAUCACGAUACAAUAAGUAGAUAUGAUUUAUAUUAUAAUUAACAAAGUGACACCAGCCAAAUAAAGUAGAUGCUCUAUAAAGCUAAAA